AAGCUCUCUCUCGCACACCAAGGUCGCCCAUCAUAUCGUCCCAAAGCAGCAACAUGGCCGCCAACGCUGUCGCCCCCAUCGUCUACCAGCUGCAGGAAGGUCUUCGCAACGUCGACCUGAGGAGCUUGGUCAAUUCGUUUGACCUGAAGGGCUUGGUCAACAAGCUGGACAUCCAGACGGUGGGCCUGGUGGCGCUGGUGGCUGUAGCCGCCGUGUUCCUGUUGGACCUGUUCACCAAGAGCUACGCCCCCUUCGGCAGGAGUCUGGUGUCCUCCGCCGCCCACGCCUGGGAUAAGGCUGACCAGUGGGGCCUCAGCGGAAGUGUCCGUGGAAGCCGUUCCCUGGAGCCCAUGACGAAGGUCCUGGACGCCCU